ACGAAAAAAGCCCGACCGGCCGUCCAGAUGCAAGGCCUCGACGACGAGUUCCACGAGCCGUUGGUGGACGCGCCGCCCCGCGUGUCACCCGCCAGCGCGCCAACGACCGCUGGGUACGCAGACGCGCCAAAGCAGGUCAACGUACCGUACGGCCCGUCGACGGCGUACACGGUGCCGCAGUACGACCCAUCGGACGCCUACGCAGGCAUGGAGCAUGGCGGUAGCAGCUGGCCGCGCGGCAAGACGACGUCGGAUCGCUCGGCGCUUGGCGCGCGCCUGGACGUGUGGGUCAGCGGUAUCUACACGGUCGUGGCCGCGCUCACGAUCAUGCAAGGCUUUGGCAUCAUGCUGCACUUUAGCCUCUCGGCGAUGCUCCUGGGCGCGUACCUCAUGGCCUUUGGGAUGGGCCUCAUCUUGUACGACCUCAAGAGCGUCGUCUACGGCGUGAGCCUCGAGAUUUGGUUCCCGUUCCUCGGCAACUACCUCGGGCGGGGCUUUGUGCUCCUCUUCCUCUAUGCGCUGAACGCACAGGACUUUCAAUUCUUCCAGCUCCCGACAUGGAUCUCGGUCCUCGAGGCGAUUGCCGCGGGCCUUCACUUCGCCAUCUUUAGCACAACGCAGCCGCAGUAGACCCCAUUUGCGUAGGGCCCCCUACCUCCACACGGAAUGUGCGAAUAUAUUUGUGUUGCGAA